AUGGCUUUACCCGCGCCCGCACCCGCGGAGCUGCCAAUGCAGCGCGGCGCGCCACCGCCUGCCACCCACCCUCCACCGGGGCCGAACGCUGCGCCUCCAGCGGGUCCGCACCUGCUGUCGCUCAAGGUGAUGCGUGCAUCUGCGCCCUCGCUCGCCGUGAGCGAAAAGCCGUACUUCGACGAUGCCUCUUCCGCGUCCAGUAGCCUGCUUGCCGCGCCGUACUUCGACGAUGCCUCUUCCGCGUCCAGUAGCCUGCUUGCCGCGGUGGGCGAGGGGAUUGACGCUGGGCUGAGCCACGACCUGCUUUCCAACCGGUGGGAGGGCUCGAGCAACACCACCACGGCGGCAGCGUAUCGGUCGGCGGCGGAGAACUUCCCGAUCAGCAGUGUGCUUGUGCUGCCCAACUCGUUCGGCACGCUGUUCCUCGGCGAGACGUUCCGGACGUACGUGUGCGUGCGCAACGAGAGCGGCGCCGCGGUGCGCGAGCCGAGCCUGCGCGUAGAGAUGCAAGUCGGCGCCUCGGACGCCUCACAACCCCACGCCGAGUCGGGGCGAUGGCACCAGCUCGCGCACAUCAUCAUGCCAUCUCCCUCGCGCUACACCCCGGACCCUGCCGACACAGAUAGCCAAGGACGGCCGGUGUGGGAGCUCGCAGCCGGCCAGGCACUCGAGACCUCGCUCGGGUACGAUGUCAAGGACCUUGGACCGCAUGUGCUCGUUUGCACCGUCGGGUACAAGGCACGCGUGGUGAUGCACGAUGGACAAGAGGCGUGGAUCGAGAGAAGUUUCCGCAAGUUCUUCAAGUUCGCCGUGGAGAGGUCGCCGAUCUCGGUGCGCACCAAGGUGCAUCAGCCGCGCGAGGCGUGUGCGGUGUACCACCCGGAUCCCGCCGUGCGCGAGCGCGUCCACCUCGAGGUGCAGGUGCAGAACGUCGCUUCCAACGGCUCUAGCCUCGUCCUGGACCGGCUUGACCUCAAGACCGCCCCCGGCUGGACGUGGAGUAGCAUCGACCGACCCUCGCUGUCUUGCGACGACAAGGACGGGGAUAUGUGGAUGCGCGUGGGGGGCAAGAGCAAGAUGCUGCUAGCCGACGGUGAUGUGCGCCAGUACCUCUUUGCGCUCGUCCCUUCUGAGGAAGUGGCGUUCUGGGAGGCGCGCGAGAGCGGGAUGGACAUGGGCAGCACGCAGGAAGGAUGGGCGAUUCGGGGCGAUGCAUUGGGGCAUCUGGAUAUCAGCUGGCGCAUGAGCCUGGGCGAGCCCGGUCGACUGCAAACCUCGCAGCUCGUCCGUCGCCGGGUGGUCGUUGCGCCCGUCGCACCCCACACGUCCGACGAGACGCUGCCGACUCCGCAGCUGGCGACACAACUUAGACUCACCCCUGCGGCGGUGGAAGCGCUAGCGGCAGUUACGACGGACACGCGUCGGAUCGGACUCCAAGUGGCGCUUAGCGUUGCGGAUGUAUGUGCUGGGCGGUCGUCGGCGGUUGAUGAUGACGAUACGCCGUUAUCCGAGAUCGCCCCCACGCAGCGACGCGAGUCGGAGGUGGUGACCGUCGAGCGCACGUUUCGGCUUGCAUUGCAGCACUGUACCAUCGAGCCGGGCGAUGAAGCGCCGGCAGGAGAGGAUCCGACGCCACGAAAACCGCCGAGUCGCACCUCGACGCCCACAGGCACGGCAUCGCCCCUGCUCGCGCUGAACAAGACGCGGCUGCAGACGAACCUGUCGAACCUCGUUCGGGCGGGGUCCUUGUCACUACGCCCGGGGCGGGGGGAUGAAUCACCUGCCCCCACACCGCAUCGACAGGCGAGUCCCGCACCAGCAAUUCCUCCUGCUGUGCCGCCCAAGGGGGAGAGUGUACCCGCACCAGUGUUGUCGGCGUCGAGGUUACACGCACUGCACUCACGAUGGACGCAACACCAUGCCCAAGCCAUCUCGCGCCCGCUCGUCGAACACUACACACCCACUCCAAACGCCCAUCCCCUAGGCACAUCCCUAACCCCCCUCCCCGACAUCACACUGUCGUUCCAAGCACGACGAACAUCCAGUGGAUGGCAACGAAUCUCGCAGCUCGAACCACAAACUGUCCGCACAACGCUCGAAUACGCCCUGGCUCCUUCCCAAGACACAGUAAGAUUGGGGGCAGUAAGGAUCCUUCUACUCAGCUUCACCGACACGCAGACGCAUACGUGCAAUACGGUGUUGGAUGAGAUUCCUGUGCUUGCAGAAUACCUCACCGUCUAG